AUGUCUAGGCCUACAACCGGUGAUCUUCCACAUUACGGGCCACUUAAGAAAUUUUUAGUAUUCAUAGGACAGUAUCCACAGCAAACGGAUUAUACACGUGUUUCUAUAUAUGCCCUGCAUUUAGGCACCUACAUAUCGCUGUUGGUACCACUCUUCCGAAUGUUAUAUAACCUUGUGAUAAAUGAGUGGGAAUCAUUAAAAUUGAAAGACGACGCAAAAAUUUUGGACGAAAUCACCAGAAAUGGAACUUAUAUUGCAUUUCUAUACAGAACCACAUUAUUGGGAUUCUUAGUCUUAUUCGCUUUUCUUCCGCUAAUGCCUUUGGUUCUGGACAUUAUCAUACCGUUGAAUGAGACACGACCAAAACAGCAAGUGUUUAAACUUAACUACUUGGUAGACGGUGACGAAUAUUUCUAUCCCAUAUACUUUCAUUCAGUUUUGUCUUCAGUCCUUGCUGUGACCGUUAUUGUCACCAUAGAUUCCAUGUACAUGAUAAUAACUCACCAUGCCUGUGGAUUAUUCGCCAUGUGCGGGAAUCAGCUUAAAGAUGUGACACAAAAUUUGGAAGGGAACAGUGAUAACACUACAAAGGAGAAAGCCAUAUAUCAACAGUUCAGGAACUGCGUGCUCAUCCACAAAAGAGCAAUACAGUUUUACGAGCACAUCAAUAAUAUCAACGAGCGAGCCUUCUUGAUUCAAAUCGGGAUAAACAUGAUCGCUAUCAGCCUGACUGCUGUUCAGCUGGUUCUGAACCUAGAUAACACCAGAGAAGCAAUUAGAAUUGGUGUUUUCCUCGUGGCACAGCAAUUUCACUUGUUCUUCAACAGUCUGCCUGGUCAAAGUCUCCUGGAUCACAGUUUUCAAUUACUCGACGAUUUAUACAGCUCCAAUUGGUACCGGGCACCAGUGAGAAUGCAACGAGUGAUUUACAUGAUGCAAAUAAGAUCCGGCAUACCGUGUACAUUGACUGCAGGUGGAUUAUACGACAUGAACAUUGAAAACUUUGGAAUGAUUUUUAAAUCCUGUAUGUCGUAUUUUACGAUGCUGCUGUCAUUGAGGGAAUAAACCAUAAUGACUACAAGAUAACAUCCACAAAUAAUGAUUUGGACUUCGAUGUAAAAGUAUGUUGUAAAAG